AUGAAAAACAAAGUAGUGAUUAUGGUUCCCUAUCCAGCACAAGGCCAUGUGACGCCCAUGCUUAACCUGGCUUCAGCCUUGAGCCAUCUCGGCCUCUCUCCGGUGGUCGUAACACCGGAGUUCAUCCACCACACCAUUGUUCAGACAACCCAUAACAUCACAUGCAUGUCCAUUCCUGACGGCCUGGACGAAGAAACACCACGUGAUUUUUUCGCGGUUGAGUUUGCCAUGGAGAACAACAUGCCAAUGCAUUUGGACCGCCUAGUUCGUAAGCUUAUAAAUAAUAGUGAUGAAGUUGCGUUCAUGGUUAUGGAUUUAUUGGCUUCGUGGGCACUAAAAGUUGGCGAUGAUUGUGGGGUUCGUGUGGUCGGAUAUUGGCCGGUUAUGUUUGUUGCUUAUCAACUCAUUGCUGCCAUCCCAGAAAUGUUCUCUCUCGGCAUCAUCUCCGAAACUGGUAUCCCACAAAAUGAAGGCCCAAUAUACUUGGGGUAUGACCAACCUCCUUUGACCACACAAGAUUUACCAUGGCUUAUUGGAGAUUUAGCAUCAAGAAGGUCAAGAUUUAAGUUUUGGACAAGGACAUUGGCCCGGACCAGAAGCCUUUCACACAUCCUUGUAAAUACCUUUCCGGAGGAACACCGGAUUGAAUUAAUUAGUAAUCUUCAAAAACACUACUACUCCACGAGUAACGCAACUAUAAUUCCAGUGGGACCACUAACGCAACAUACAAGAUAUGGAAAUCCCCAUUUCCCAGAAGAAGAGCCGAGUUGUUUGGAUUGGCUUGAUCAACAGAGUGAACGGUCCGUGGUCUACAUAUCUUUUGGGACUUGGGUUAGCCCUAUUGGCAAAGAAAAGGUGAGAAAUCUAGCUAUAGCCUUGGAGUCAACCAAGUAUCCAUUUAUUUGGGUUUUGGGCCCAAAAUGGCGCGACGGGCUCCCAAAAGGUUAUGUGGAGAGAAUGAUGGAUCGAGGAAGAGUGGUUUCAUGGGCUCCGCAAAGUAAAGUGCUACAACACGCAGCAGUUGGGUGUUAUCUAACACACUGUGGGUGGAACUCCACUAUUGAAGCUAUACAAAGCAAAGUGAGUUUGUUGUGCUACCCAAUUGCCGGCGAUCAGUUUGUAAACUGUGAUUACAUUGUCAACAUAUGGCGGAUUGGAAUCAGGAUGGACGAUUUUGGGGAAGAAAAUGUUCAUAGAAGCUUACAAAAGGUGAUGGAGGAUAUGGAGAUGGAACAAAGACUAGUUAAGAUGAAUCAAAGAGUUUUCGGGAUGGAAACAAGUUUAAGAGUGACUACUAAUUUGACAAACUUUGUUGAUAACUACACUAGCUGA